AUGCCGCUGGACUUGGCAUCAGUGUCGGCGCAGCUCGAGCUCAAUGACAUCCCAGAGAGCGCUCACGAGCCCGGUCCUGGGCAUUACUUCGGCCCCGACAGCCAGGGCUUCAAUGCGCUCGGAAAGCAGAUGUUCAGCAAGUGCCGGUCGGCGCCUGAGAUCAGUCUGCCUCGAACAGGCUGGGACGAAUGGCAGAAGGUGACAGUUUCGAAGGCUUCGCAAGGCACGAGCUUGGGCCGAGAGUCUCCGAGCUGCGCCUAUACCGUCCCCUCCACGCUCGACGGCCACGCGCCAAAGGUGGGCACCUCGCUGAGGCCAGACUUGGCAGCCUCCCUGGGCGUAGACCCGCACGGGUCGCCUGGGCCGAUGUACAACAUUCGAGACAGUGCCAUGAUGCAGCUCGGAAUUGGCCGGAUCGUCAAGAACCGAGAGAACAAGAGCUUCGGCUGUGCGGAGCGGUUUCGAGUAGAUGGCAGGGGCACCAGCAUUGGCCCCGGACAGUACCGCCGGAAGGACUUUGCGCUGAGAGGAGACAACGGCCGAUCCAUCGGCACGGGGCGGCAAGCCUGGGAAAAGGUGGUGACGCCUGGAUGGGAGUGCGAAGGCCGCUGCCGGGCAUCCCCGGGAGUUGGGCCCCCCAUGUGGACGGACGUGUCCAAGGACGGCAGCCCCGGUGUUUCUAUGCCCCGGGCCGACCGGUUCCCACGAUCAGCCGACGCGAAUUGCAGCCCUGGUCCGAUCUACUCCCUGCCCAACGAGCGAGAGGCCAAGUACGCAAGGAAGCCACCGAAGAAGGUGGUUCUCAGCGAGAAGAAGGCGGAGAAGGUAAAGCCCAAGCCGCCGCCACCUCCUCCACCGACCUGCGGCAAACCUCCGAAGAAGCCGCGCUUCCGUAUGCACCUGGUUCACAGCCUCUCUGGUGCAAAGCACGGCAUGUGGGGUUACUUCUGA